AUGAUGCUCAAGGUCCUUCGUAAAAUCAUUCGACCCCGAGCCUCACAAACCCAACUCCCACAAGAGUCUGACCCACCCCUCUCCUUUGAUAGUUUCAUUGUAAAAAAGUACGACGUCUCUCCCGAAAGGGCUCAUGCGAGUCAUCUCUCUCCUCCCUCAAUUGGGACAGUUCCAUUACCACCACACUUAUUAUUUUUCCUCAUAGACCACCAUUUUGUUGGUGAUCAUCCGACUUUGAGAACCCUCUCUAAGACCUGUCGCGUUUCGGCCACUUACUGUCGCCGCCUCAUCUACCGUUCGGUCCCCAUUGGCCACCGUGAUAGAGGUUCUCUCUCUGGAAAGAAAAAACCUGCAAUAGCUUUCGCCGAAUUACUCCGAGGAUUCCCAGGAAUUGUGGAAUACAUUGAAGAUCUUCAGAUUCUCGACGGUGGAUGCAGGAUGUUCGAAGGCUUGCGUCCGAUAACGGAGGAAGAGCAAAGUCUGUGCUUCAUCUUGACACGACCUAUGAAAAAUUUGAAGCGUUUGGAGCUCAUGCUCAACGUUGUCUGGACCUUGAUCCCUACACCAUUACAAGAGGCGCUUUGCACUGCCUUCCGGCUUCCGAGCAUAUGCACCUCAUCCAUCAAAAAACUUCGUUUCCCCGUGCACUUUCUUGAUCUUUUUCAAGAUUUGAGGCACAUUGAGUUCUCUGGUGAAGCGGCGGCGCCCAUCAUGGUUACUACCCUACCUCACGCGACUCAGUUGGUCACCAAUUUCGGGGAUCCGGAUCGGCAAUCAGUGACCACCUUCAACUUUGCACGUCCUUGA